UGUGUGUGCAGCCGGCAGCAUGUGGGGUUACUGCCCCUGGCGGGGGUCGCGAGCCCGAGCGCGGCUGCCCCGGGCGCUGCUCACAGCUUGGCUCCGCCACGGUCGUGCGGCCUCCUCCUACUCCGCUUCCGCCGAGCCUUCCCAGGUCCGGGCGCUUGUCUAUGGGAAGCACGGGGAUCCAGCCAAGGUCGUCGAACUGAAGAACCUGGAGCUGGCUGCGGUGAAAGGAUCAGACGUCCACGUGAGGAUGCUGGCAGCCCCUAUCAAUCCAUCUGACAUAAAUAUGAUCCAAGGGAACUACGGCUUCCUUCCCAAGCUGCCUGCUGUCGGAGGGAACGAAGGCAUCGGGAAGGUGGUAGCCGUGGGCAGCAGUGUAACUGGGUUGCACCCAGGAGACUGGGUGAUCCCAGCAAGUGCUGGUUUGGGAACCUGGAGGACAGAGGCCGUCUUCAGUGAGGAAGCACUGAUCCAAGUUCCCAAUGACAUCUCUCUUCAGAGUGCUGCUACCCUGGGUGUCAACCCUUGCACGGCCUACAGGAUGUUGAUGGACUUCGAGCAGCUGCAGCCAGGGGAUUCUGUCAUCCAGAAUGCAUCUAACAGUGGAGUGGGGCAAGCAGUCAUCCAGAUCGCCGCAGCCCUGGGCCUAAGGACCAUCAACGUGGUCCGAGACAGACCUGACAUCCAGAAGCUGAUGAACAGACUAAAAGACCUGGGGGCCGAGCACAUCAUCACAGAGGAGGAACUAAGGAAGCCUGAAACAAAAAACUUCUUCAAGGACAUGCCCCCUCCACGGCUUGCUCUCAACUGUGUUGGUGGAAAAAGCUCCACAGAACUGCUGCGCCACCUAGCGCCCGGAGGAACCAUGGUGACCUAUGGAGGGAUGGCCAAGCAGCCUGUCACAGCCUCUGUGAGCAUGCUCAUUUUUAAGGAUCUCAAACUUCGAGGCUUCUGGUUGUCCCAGUGGAAGAAGAACCACGGUCCAGAUGAGUUCAAGAAGUUGAUCCUCACUCUAUGCAACCUCAUCCACAACGGUCAGCUCACAGCUCCAGCCUGCUCUGAAGUCCCUCUGCAGGACUACCAGCGGGCUCUGGGAGCCUCAAUGGAGCCUUUCGUGUCUUCAAAGCAGAUUCUCAUCCUGUGAUCAUCCUAGAGGAGCUGGAGGGAGGUGGGAGUGGAAGCAGACCAGUGGGGCUAGCUUUGGGUCUCUCCUUCAGGGCCCAGCCUUCUCAGCCAGGAGGAUGGGGUGACCAGCCUCACUGUUGUUAAUAAAGUCUGGACUUUAA